AUCCAACUGAAGAUUUGCUAAAGACUCUGAAAAGCAAGAGUUGUCAGAAUGGCAGACUGUCAGCAACAUCCUUUUCUCAGCCCAAGCAUCCCAUUCAUUGGUCCACUACUAGGAGGCCUGCAGGAAGGGAAGACUCUUAUCAUAAUUGGACGGGUUUUGCCUAAUGCUGACAUAUUUGGUGUGAAUCUCCAGCAUGCAGCUAAGUGCGGGACUGAUAUCGCUCUGCACUUUAAACCAUGUUUUGAUGUUGGACCUGCACAUAUUGUGUUCAACACCUUUGAGAAAGGUAACUGGGGGCCAGAAGAAAAGUCUACCUGUCCUUUUGUGAAAGGCCAACCGUUCACCCUUGAGAUCCAUGUUACCAAGGAGGCAUACAAGGUAAGUGUGAAUGGGCAACACUUAGCGGACUAUAAACACCGUAUUCCAUUCACUCUGGUGGACACCAUCUUAGUGCCCCUAAUGGUGGAGCUGGAUUUCAUUGCCUACCAGAAGCCUGUGACCGUCCCAUAUAAAACCCUGAUCAGUGAUGGACUGCAGUCUGGCAAAGACAUUGUUAUUCAUGGAGUUCCUAAAGCUGACUCAGACAGGAUGACGUUUAAUCUGCGCCACAGAUAUGGGAUUGCAUUUCACUACCAAUGCCGUUUUGAUCAGAAUGCUGUUGUCCGCAACACCUGGGAGAAUGGGAAAUGGGGGGCAGAAGAAAAACAUGGACCUGUGCCUUUUAUCCGAGGCCAGUUUUUUCAGGUCAAAAUCUCCUGUCACAGUGAUCAUUAUGAUGUGUUUGUGAAUGGCAAGCAAACACACAUUUACAAGCACCGCUUCACUGAACUGGAGGACAUCGACGUCUUUGAAAUCCGUGGAAAUGUGGAGGUGAUUUUUGUGCAUGUGAAAUAAGGAUCCAGGAUUGCAGGAAGUGCAUGUUUAAAACUUCCACUAAGAAGUUUAUAUCAUAUGAUAAUAUUAUAUAGAUUCUCCUUGUGGAUCUAGAAAAAUCAACAUGUCAAACUGUUGAUAAUACAAUAUGUAUUUGUAUCUAAUAUAAACAAUAAAAAUGAUUUCAUUUGA